UCGAGUGAUGAACCGUUUCCAAAAAAUUAUCAAAGAUUGGUAGCGUUCCUUGUGUUAUUUUUAUUAUUUUGAGUUACGAAUGGAUGAGAACAAGUUGGUUUUGUGCUCUGUGAGAAUAAUUUAGAAUAACGAAAGCAACUAAGCUGCUUUCUGCAGUCUUCUUCUCGAAUUCUGAGUUUGAAUGCAGUUGUUGAAAGAUGUUACCUAUGAGUGGUACCCAACCGAUGCACAGUCAAUCUCAAAUCUCCAGCAAUCCCCCAGCCACCAAUAACAGUCUAACACCGACUGGAGGAUCAAACAAAUCAAGCAGUAUAAAACCAAAUUACACACUUAAAUUCACUUUAGCUGGACACACCAAGGCAGUGUCUUCAGUUAAAUUCAGUCCAAAUGGAGAAUGGUUGGCCAGUUCAUCUGCUGAUAAAUUGAUCAAAAUAUGGGGUGCUUAUGAUGGCAAGUUUGAAAAGACAAUCUCAGGUCACAAGUUAGGUAUCAGUGAUGUGGCUUGGUCCAGUGAUAGCAGGUUGCUUGUAUCAGCCAGCGAUGAUAAGACAUUGAAAAUCUGGGAGCUCAGCUCUGCGAAAUGCUUGAAAACUCUCAAGGGACACAGCAACUAUGUAUUCUGUUGCAAUUUUAAUCCACAAUCCAACUUGAUAGUGUCAGGUUCGUUUGAUGAGUCUGUGAGGAUCUGGGACGUCCGAACUGGGAAAUGCCUGAAAACAUUGCCAGCACAUUCAGAUCCAGUGAGUGCAGUGCACUUCAACAGAGAUGGCUCAUUGAUUGUCAGCAGUAGUUACGAUGGUUUAUGUCGUAUAUGGGACACCGCUUCUGGUCAAUGUCUGAAGACAUUGAUCGACGAUGAUAAUCCCCCUGUCUCCUUCGUUAAAUUCUCACCAAAUGGCAAGUACAUUUUGGCUGCUACUUUGGAUAAUACCCUCAAGCUUUGGGAUUAUUCGAAAGGGAAAUGCUUGAAGACUUAUUCCGGACACAAGAAUGAAAAGUACUGCAUUUUCGCUAACUUUUCUGUAACAGGAGGCAAGUGGAUCGUCAGCGGAUCAGAAGAUAACAUGGUGUACAUUUGGAAUUUGCAGACGAAAGAAAUUGUCCAGAAAUUGCAAGGACACACAGAUGUCGUAUUGUGUACGACUUGCCAUCCGACCGAAAAUAUAAUUGCAUCAGCGGCGUUAGAGAACGACAAAACAAUAAAAUUGUGGAAAAGUGAUAGUUAAUUAAGCUAAGAAGUAAACAAAACAAAAAGAAACACAGAAGAAAAAUAUAUUGUAUUGAUACAUUUAUAUAUAAUUAUACAUAUGUAUAUUGUGUUUUCUCAACCGAAAUAUCCCACCCAUUGUGAAUAGGAACUACUU